AAAACUGCGAUGCAUUUCCUUUGGAAAUUUGGUGCCUCGGUGGCAGUUGUUUUCGCAGUUUAUAUCUUUUAUUGCUUGGAAGUCGCUGAUCGUGGAAGACGCGAACUCAGUCACCAGAAAGUCAAAAUGGGAAAAUUUCAGUAUCCAACACCACGUAGAGACGAGACUGUUGCUGAUAAUUACCAUGGCCAAGAGGUGAAAGAUCCUUACCGGUGGAUGGAAGAUCCUGAUGGAGAGGAAACAAAAGCCUUUGUUGAUGCUCAGAACAGCAUUUCGAGACCUUUCAUUAAUGCUUGCCCUGUGAAAGAGCAGAUUCAAAAGCGCAUUACUGAGGUCUGGGAUUACCCAAAAUAUGGCUGCCCUAAAAAGCAUGGCGACCACUACUAUUACUUUCAUAACUCUGGGCUGCAGAACCAAAGUGUCAUGUACGUCCAAGACAGCCUUGAUGCUGAGCCAAGAGUUUUCUUGGACCCCAACAAACUGUCAGACGAUGGGACUGUGUCUCUUAGGGGCUCUGCCUUCACAGAGAAUGGCCUGACCUUGGCUUAUGGCCUCAGUAAGAGUGGCUCGGACUGGAUCACUGUCAAGUUCAAGAAAGCCCCGUCUGGUGAGGAUCUUCCUGAUGUUUUGGAGCAAGUCAAGUUUUCCAGCAUGGCAUGGACUCAUGAUCACACCGGCUUCUUUUAUAAUAGUUACCCGAAUCAGGAAGGCAAGGUUGACGGUACAGAGACCACGUCCAAUCUGCACCAGAAGCUGUACUUUCACCGUCUGGGCACUGAGCAGACGGCAGAUGUCCUGGUGGGAGAGAUGCCAGACUUCCCAAAAUGGAUGAUUGGUGCGGAGGUGAGUGACUGUGGACGCUACCUUCUGCUGACCCCUAGCGAGGGCUGUGACCCUGUGAACCGACUAUUCUAUGUGGACCUAGAGUCUCUGGAGGGAGGCAUCUCAGGAAUCCUGCCGUACGUGAAAAUUGUGGACAAUUUUGAUGCAGAAUAUCAGUACAUCACCAAUGAGGGACCAGUGUUCACUUUCAAGACCAACCUGAAAGCUCCAAACUACAAACUGAUCAAUAUUGACCUCACCAAACCAGAACCUGAGAACUGGAAAACACUGGUGGAGGAGGACGCCAGUGCUGUCUUAGAGUGGGCCACAUGUGUCAAUAACGACCGACUUGUCCUCUGUUACCUUCGGGAUGUCAAGAACGAGCUGUAUGUCUAUGACCUGGCCUCUGGGAAACAAAAUUACCAGUUCCCCUUGAAUGUGGGCAGUGUGGCUGGCUUCUCCGGGAAGAAGAAGGGCACUGAGAUAUUCUACCAGUUCUUGUCCUUCCUCACACCAGGAGUCAUCUAUCACUGCGAUAUGUCAGGACGGGACUACCAGCCCAAGGUUUUCAGAGAAAUCACAGUACAGGGAUUCGAUGCCAGUCUGUUUGAGACAGAGCAGGUGUUCUUCAAGAGUACCGAUGGCACCAAAAUACCAAUGUUUAUAGUACACAAAAAGGGUUUAAAAAAAGAUGGCAACAACCCAACCUUACUGUAUGGCUAUGGAGGAUUCAGCAUCUCCAUCACCCCAUCCUUCUCUCCGUCCCGCGUGGUGUUCCUACAGCAUCUUGGUGGUGUUUACGCUUUGGCCAACAUCAGAGGAGGAGGAGAGUAUGGAGAGACCUGGCAUAAAGAUGGCUCCCUGGGCAACAAACAGAACUGCUUCAAUGAUUUUCAGUCAGCAGCUGAGUACCUCGUAGCCCAGGGCUACACCUCCAGCAAAAAGCUUGUCAUCAACGGUGGCUCCAAUGGAGGGCUCUUGGUGGGCGCAUGUUUGAACCAGAGACCGGAUCUGUUUGCGGGUGGCAUUGCUCAAGUUGGAGUACUUGACAUGUUGAGAUUUCACAAGUUUACGAUCGGUCAUGCAUGGAUCACAGACUAUGGGUCUUCCGAUGAUCCUGAACAGUUCAAAUGGUUGAUCAAGUACUCUCCUUUGCACAACAUCCCCAAAGGAGUGGAGCAGUACCCUGCCCUGCUACUGCUCACAGGAGACCAUGAUGACAGAGUUGUGCCCCUUCACUCCCUCAAGUUUAUCGCAGAACUACAGAGUGUUGUGGGCAGCUCUGAUACUCAGACUAAUCCGGUCAUUAUCCGUGUCGACACCAAGUCUGGGCAUGGUUUUGGUAAACCUACAGCUAAAGUGAUUGAGGAAAUCAGCGACAUCUACAGUUUCAUUUACCAAACUAUUGGCUUGGAGUGGAGCAAGUGAUGAGGAGAUCUCAACCCAUCAGACCCGACUGCUAGUGUCUCAAACACCUUUUAUUUGUUUGGCACUUGUUGAGUUUGUGCAUUUGUUGAAUUUGGGCUCAUGAAUGUUGACUGGUUUCGUAUGUGUGUGUGUGUCAUUUUGUUUUAGCCAUGAUGGUGAUAUCAAGUUCACUUGGUCUGACGUGAAAUGCUGACAAUGCCAUGUAUAGCCGCCUUGAGCAGAAGAAAAACAAUUUUACGAGAGAGGAUCUUUUGUAGCAAGAGUUCAUACAACAGGAGAUAGAUAUUGUGGAGACUGAUUUCCAUUAAGAAUAAUUGUUUGUAGUAGUUUACCCAAGAGAAAAAGAGGUAGUUUGAGGGUAUAAUUAUUGCGAGUUUCGUUUUUAUUCAAGUGCCAAAGUUUACUCGGACAUGUUGGGGAGUGGCUUUUUUUUCUUCCUUUGACUGGCUUUUUUUUUCUGUUUUGCGAACUAGCAAAUUUUUUGUAAAUUAUGUUUUUGUCUAUUAUUUUUCAUCAGUGAGUAUAGAGUUGAUUUAUUAUGGAACAGAAACCCUCACUUUUUGCAGCUCUGACAUUAAAAGAUUUUAGUCAGGUUAAAAUGUUUCCAUCACUGAACCCACGAGACUAAUAUAUAUAUAGUUUGAGAUUGAUCUAGAUGCAGACAAAAGCGGCGUGUUCUUUUUUUUUUGGUUGUUGGUUGUUGUUUUUUUUUUGGGGGGGGGGGGGGGGGUUGGGGGGGGUUACAUUUGAAAUAUUUUAGAAUUGUUUUGUCGGCUGUAGUGUUCAUGAGAAAUGAAAAUGGUAUCUUUGAGGUUGGGGUUCUUACCCUUGUAUAUUGCAUACCAUUAUACAGAAAAUCACAACAAUUAUUUUAUCAGGGUAUGGAAUGGUCUUUAGAGGCCACCUUCAUUCAAUAACUGUAAACUAUCGGAUAACAAAAUUAUUUUAUGAUCAGUACUUAUAGGUCUUGCUUUAACUUUAACACUUUUCCAUCAGUUGGGUCUGAAUAGGUUUUUCCCGAUCUGUCUAUUGGAUUUUUUAUAGUAAUAAGUUGUUUUGCCUUUUACAUUGUGACGUCGGUGCAAUAAUGCGCUGAUUGACGCACACACUAACUUUUAGUCUGCGCCCAUUGAUGGAAAAGUGUGAAGCUUUACUUAAGAUUUUCUUUCUUAAGAAAUUCUAAAUACAAUACGACAUACUUAUUGCCAAUCACGAUGUAGCCUAAUGUUAUAUGAUCAAGUUUCAUACAAUCAUUUUUUAUUACUUUUGUGAGUAAAACUGGAGCAAUCUUCUGCACUGGUUGCCGUUGCCAUUGCACGCACAGAGCGUGAGUUUGUUUCACAUCAAGGGAAGUCUUAUUUUAUUGUCUUUCUCCCUGGGAGCAGCAUCCCAAUCAGCCCACUUUGAUCCAAGGUUGACUGCGGCCCUCCUAAUUAUCUAAAUUGUGUGAAUGGGAGAGUAAUAUGUAAACAAAUCGAUCGAUCUUACUUUUGCUGAGCCCACUCUUUGACUUCAGCCUUUUAUUUUUCACCCACACGUGCGAAGGCACAUUACUUUUUGAAAGUUUGCUGACUGACAAAUUCUACCUUUGAGCUCUUCAUACCUGUCUUUCAGCAUUCAGAUUUCACCUGAUCUGUGGCAGAUAUUUGGUAUUUUUUCUAUACAUGUAUCUAUUAUUUUCCAUUAUACUGCCUUGUUUUAGUUUAUUGCAUUUUGUUCACAUAUAAUGAUGAUGUUGCUAUGACAAAAGUCAUCAGAGAACAUUUGUGAGCUGUCACGCAAGAUAGCUUGGAGAUCAAACAAUAGAAGUCUGAGCAGAGCCUUUUUCUUUCUCAGUGCGCCCUUUUAAUACAUGUAUGAGCUGUCAAGAUUUUUAACAAUUACCUGAGAGAAAAGAGAAAUGCUUUAGAUAUAAGUAGUAGGAAUUGGGGGGUGUUAAGUUUGACCUCUGUGAGGGGUUUUCUCAUAGCACCUCACAUAUCUGUCUCAUUCAUAUUGUGGCAGCAAAGACAUGGAAAACCACAGCUUGUAUUGCAUGGUCCUCAACUACUCAACAUAUAAACUAUGGGUGUGUGUGUAAAAAAAAAAAACGGGGGGGGGGGGGGGGGGGCUCAUAUUGUCACCGUUGCAAGCAGCCCACUUAAGCCCCAGUUUUGGAGGAUUGUCGAUUUUUACACACUUGCUUUAUCAAAGAUGCAUCUUUCAAUAUUUCAUCGUCAAAAUAAUGUAGUUUAGUGCUAUGAUCAAGGUUUACAAAAGUGUUCUUGCUUUUCAUGAUUCCCAAUAGGACCAAUAUAACAAAAAUGAGUUUUUUUGUCUCUGGUGUAAAAUGUACCCAAGCGAGCUUAAGUGGAUUGCUUGCGACAAUGACGAAAUGCUGUUGUUCUCUGAUGAAAGGAUCUGUUUGGGGUUUAUCGUUAAUUUUUAGGAGGCAAACUAUUUCAGACCAUUCAGUGCAACAAAGCUUUGUAAUAAAAUUUGAAUAAAAACA